GGCAUCAUGAGACUGACCAAUGGGAUCGGACUUCCCCUCCUCACUGCGCUCCAUCCGGUCGCUCCUCUUUGUUGUUCAUAUUCACAAUAAGUUUCUCUGAACAUGUGAUUUAUAAAAUGAUUUAAAAUUAGAAUCUCCGCUUUAAUUCGUCGUUUAUCUCCCGAAGCUUCGGUUUUUCUGUUUCUCUUUGACCGUCACUCAGUUGUUCGAUGGAUUCCCGCCACCGGCAGCGAGCUAGCUAACGUCACAGAGGCUAACUGUAGCUAGCGGCUAGCUGCGCGCGUCCGGGUGGUUUUUUGAUUUCAAGGAGAAAUUCUGAGAAAGAAACUUCUGCCGCGUCGCUGAGAUGACGUCUGCGUCUGCGAAGGUCGGGGAGAUCUUCUCCGCGGCCGGAGCGGCGUUCACCAAACUUGGAGAGUUGACCAUGCAACUGCACCCGGUGUCCGACUCCAGCCCUGCGGGGGCCAAGUGGACGGAGACGGAGAUCGAGAUGCUUCGUCUGGCGGUGCGUCGCUUCGGAGACGACCUGAACAACAUCAGCUCUGUGAUCAAAGAGCGAACUGUAGCUCAGAUCAAGAGCACAGUGAAGAGGAAGUUGUAUGAGGACAGCCGAGUCCCCAUCUCCUCUGAAUCCCCGAAGAAGAACGUGAAGAAGUCUGCGGUUGCCGUGGCACCGGCACCCGCUCCCUCUGCCCCCGCUAUGAUCGCUGUGCCGCCGCCGCAGGUUGUCGUGGCUACCGGCAUGCAGAGUGGCGCCUCCCUGGCCCCGCCCAUCAAGAAGCAGAAGACGGCAGACGUGACCCUCAGCGCCCUAAAUGACUCGGAUGUGAACAGCGACCUGGUCGACAUCGAAGGACUCGGAGACGGAUCAUCCAACAAGAAACUGAACUUUGACCAAGAGAGCCUCAACCUGGACUCCAGCCUCAUCAUGAACUCCAGUGACCUCCCCCUCCUCUCCCGCUGACCUUUGACCUCCAACAGAAGAAGACCGAGGGCUCUUCUCCCGUCUCCUAACUCGUAGACGUUUAUUUUUUUACAGUCACAGUCUCCUCGGCUAACGUUCGUCGGUUAAUAUUUCUGAAGCAGCGAUUUUCUGCAUCUUGUUGAUCUCAGCCUUCAAUAUGUUGAAUUGAAACUUCUUAAUUCUGGAUCCACAAGAGUGAAAAGAUCAUUUUUUUAAAAAGCAGAUAAACUACUUCAUGUUCUUUUAGAAACAUUGACUCAUGAAUUUCAGUUCAGGCGUUUUGGAUCAGAAUUAUUUUUUUCGUCAGUUUCAUUUUUCAGGAAAUUAUGUUUGUGUUUUAUGUUUUUUAGUAUUUUUUUCACAUGUUCUGUGAUAAUGAAGAACGACGUCGAGCUGCAUCUUCACAUCAUAAACAUUACAUAUUUAACGGAAUAAUUCAGUUAUUCGAAAUGAUUAAGAAUCUGCAUCGAUCUGUAGCUUGUGCGUCUCGUGUUACAGCGUCCAGCGAGUUUAAAAUCUAUCAAACAAAAAUACAACAUUGUAAACGUGAGAGUUGGACUGAAUAAGUUAAAGUGACUGAAGCGAACGAACAAAGUUUAUCAGAAAAUUUCCCUCCGAGCUCGACCACGACUUUUUCUCUGCUUCUGUUUUUCUUCCCUCUCUCACACACACGAGGUUUAACCUUUAAAGAAGCUCAGAUUAAUAACGAUAAAGUAUAUCAUAGAGAUCUGUCAGGUCUGAUUUGUGGACAGAAUGAAAAAUGUUGAGCGGACAAAAGAAAAUCUGAUGUUUGAACCGUGAAUCAACCAGUGAUGUAAAAAACCCCAUUGUUUUAAUGAUGUCGAAAAUAAAAAAAUAAAAAAAAUACAAAAGUU